AUGGCAACAUCAACAUCUCCUCCAGGCCCAGCGCCCUGGAGACAGCUCUUCCUAGAACACGUCCAGACGAUGGCAUCGCCGGAGUUCACUCUAAGCACAAUCCGGAAAACGUCUUCCCCGUCUGGUACGGUCUACUCGCCGCGUGCUCGCACGUGCGUCUUCCGCGGCUUGCUCGCGGGGCUACAGGUGAAUCCCAAGAACGACGCUGAGCUGAACCCGGACGUCUACGAGACGGACUUCCCGACGUUUACGACGGACUGCCGCAUGGAUAAGAUGGCGGAGCUCUUCGGCGUGGAGGAGACCGGUGAGGAACUCCGGGGCUCGGGCGGCGGCGCGCCUGUCGAGGCUGUCUUCUGGGUUGGCGAGGCGGGCACGCAGUGGCGCGUCCGCGGGAAGGCGUAUGUCCUCGGCCCGGACGUCGAGGACUCGGCGGAGGGGAAGCAUGUCAUGUCUCUGCUGACAGCGCGGAUGCGGCGCAAGAGCGACGGCAAGGACUGGAGCUUCACCCGGGAAGUCACGGCGCACUUCGGCAAUCUAAGUCCCCUGAUGAGAGGCUCGUUCCGGAACCCGCCUUCCGGCACGCCGGUGGCGCUGCCGGUGGAUGACGAUAGGUUGAGGCUGGGGCAGAAGGUGACGGAUCUGAACGACGAGGUCGCGAGGGCGAAUUUCAGAGUCGUGGUUAUCGUGCCGGAAGGCGUCGAUCGCACGGAUCUGAGCGAUCCGGAACGCGGCCGUAGGUGGCUGUAUACGUUUGUGGGAGGGAAGUCGGAGGCUACGGCGCCGGGCGGGCUGGUGGAGGAUGGGUGGGAGAAGGUGGAGGUGUGGCCGUAG